UGGAGGUUGGAAGCGAACACAAAGGCUGUACAUGCCCUGUGUCUGGCUUGCCCAUGAUGGCUUUUUCAGCACUGGCCUCGCAAGAGGACAACUAUAAACAACAGGUCAUCAUGGGGAUGGCGUCACUGGUGUCUCUGUCCAAGUGCCUCGUUCACAAUGGGACAGACCCGGACAAGCAUGAGAAGAUAAAGGGACACUGCAGAGAUGCCUUGGGGACAAUGAAGGCUGCGGAGAAGGCGUUAGAAGCCCACAGGAGUGCCCUCAGUGACCGAAUCGGGGAAGGGCACGUCAAAACAAAAGAGCUGGCAGAUGAGCAGAAGCAAAAGGAAAUAAAGCUCUGUCAGUUGAAGAUCCAAAUGAAGAACUGUGAGCAGAUGAACGUCUGCAUCCAAGACCAGGUAACCGUGGCUCAGAAACACCAGUAUGAAUUGCUGACACUGCUGAGGAAGGCAAGAAGGGAGGAGAAGUGUUUUAAAGCCCUUUCCAACAUCACCCUAGUGCUCCUGCCUAUUUGCAAUCUCCUAGUUUCGAUGAAAUUCCUUCAAGAAGCCCUCCAACUGACCGAUACGCAGCCACUUUCCCUCGCAGCUAGCAUCGUGACCAUCAUCUGUCAGGUCUCUAUGUGGGUUGCACAGAAAGCCAUCCUGGAGCUGCAGAAAGCUAUCGACCAGUACCAAGUGAAGGUCUCUGACUAUGAAAAGGAACGCUAUGUGUGUGACAAAGAGAAGGCAGAAAUCGAAGAGAAGAUUGGAGACAUCAUGGCCGGACAGCAGAAAAUUAAAGAGGCCAGCGAUGAACUAGGAAAUUGCUUAAAAGAAUGGCAGUUAAAGAAGGACGAGCUGGAAAAAGAUGUGCUGAUUGUGAGAAUGCUGACAGAGAAGGUCGACACACUGGAAUCAUACAUCGAUGAUCCCUCAGACUAUGAAUUUGUGGUCACAAUUUUGGAGGAGAUUAAUCAGUUAGUGCUGUCAGCAGUGGGAAAGGGAGGACCGGGGGGCUUGGGGUUCUCUGAUAAAGAAGCAAUAAAGAAAAUAGCUGAGGAACUAAACCGUGUCACUCAAAAGCUUAAGGAGGGUAAGGGCAGGAAUUUUUAGAGCUGCGAUAAACCAGGGCUG